CUGCAGGAAAAUGAAAAGACACUCCUACCCCUUGUUUCAACCUAGACUCAGAAGCUAAAGCAUCUCUCUGCAGCACUGAUAUAAUGACCUUUUUAGCAGCAAAAAAGCAUUGCAUCAUCCCCUUGGAACUGUAACAGCAUUCUUCCACCUGCUUAUCUGGGUACGGAGUAUUGGAGGGUACCUCCUGCUUUGCAUUCUAGAACGAGAGCAGAUGCUGCCUCAGUAAAGCUACAAGAAAAUUCACCCCGUGACGUUUGUAAAACAGCUGUCUGGAGGUUGUGAAGGUGAUACUCUGCCAGACAGUGUGCAACUACAGGUCUUUCACAUUUUCCUUUAACUAUUCUAUUAUCUCUAGCUGUACGCUGCACUGGUUCCCAAUGCCCCUAACCCAGGGCAGUGCUUUGUGGAAUUUGCAGAAAGUCUUUACCAAUCCACGAUCUUCAAAAACACCACAGAGACAGAGUACAGAGGCCACACCAGUGUCUCCUAAUCAGAGUACUUCCUUUUGGAAGGCUAGUCAUGUUCCUCGACUCUUUUCUAGAAAACGGUCCAAUGUGCCAUGUAGUUCCCCUAGAAGAUCAACUUCUGCUCCUCAGGAAAUUAUUUUAAAGGUCUGCCCUGAGCCAUGUGCAUCCUCUACUGUAGACACAUCCACAAAAAGAAAAACAUCUGCUCCUGCAAAUAUUCUUAAUAAGUCAUGUUCAGCACCCUACACAUUCCCUGUGAGUUCAAAUUCUUACCUCACUCCUCCUACCUCACCUUCAAACUCCUUAUCUAAACCUUUCAAUUCUCAUAGGGGGGAUGCUCAAACCUGUGACACAUCCAAAGCUCCCAAAACCACAGCAAGACCUUCUUUGGCACCAGACAUGAAAAUAAAUAAUUCUUCUCCUCCAUCAUCCCCUCUUAAAUCCAUAUAUGUUCCAAAUACCUUUCCACUUAGGUCACCUUCACACAAAUACUCCAGUACACAGAAAGUCCCUGUGUCUUUACCACCCAGUCCCAUAUGUGCGUCUUUUAAAUCUUCACCCCCACUGUCUCCCUCAUGGAAAACAUCUCCAGAAUCAUCUAAAAAAUCAUCUCCAGCACAUUCACCCCUAAAGUCUCCAGCUGCACCUAGAAAAGCCUCAACUCAGGAACAACAGCUCCCAGUAUCUUCGCGCCCUCCAUGGUCAGAGCUGGUAGAAGCUCGUAAAAGGCUGAUGGCUGUGGAGGGCCGUCGCAGGGCUCUCUGUGCUUUGGAGAUGCAUGUGCAACAGAUUCACUAUGUCUUCCUUCAGGCAGAAUUGCGGGUAGCAAAACAAAGAGAGGGUCUGGCACGUAUGGUGGAGGCAGCUGGACGGGCAGAGGUGCAAGCAACAGUUCAUGGACAGCGUAUACGCAGGACCAUGCGUCGGCACAAACCACGGCUACUGGCUUGUGCCCUCUGUGUUCCAUGGUCUUACAGAGUUGAAAACCGUGUAGUUCAACACCCUCGCCGUACCCGUUGUGCUAUAUUUCAAGGCAGAGGCCAGGUGCUAAGGGGCUGUGUGGGUUGUGAGGAAUCAGGCACAAGAGACUAAAUAAGAAAUGGCAUUUAUGCCUUGCUGAACUCGCCUCUGCAUUUGCUUUGGAAUACAGCCUAAUUUUACAUUUGCUCACUAAAGAAUGUUAUUUUGUACCCAGUUCAAGAAAGUCUGGUCAACAUGGUCCUCUAGAGUCUAGUGUUUGAAUGCUGCAGUACAGCAUUGUCUGAAAGUCAAAAGCUGACAGUUUCUACCAUCCCAAGCUAGUUAGUGUGCUUAAGGACAACCUGAUAAUCUGCUUCUCCCAGCAUCAUCUUUGUGGGUAGAGGAUGCUGCAGUGGCAUGCUGUACAUAUAAAAAUGGUAAAAGGUACCUCAGUCAUUAUUUAAAAGAAUGUAUUUUAUGUAGAACAAUUUCCUGGACACUUCAAAUUGCUUUUACUUACAAAGUCCAUAAAACGAAAUUUACAUUUUCAUUCAAGGUGUUUACCUGGGACUGAUGUGAAACGGGGCCCAAGUGUCAUCUGCAUACACUGACAGAAAGAUGGUACACAGUGUAGGAAGAAGCUUGAUUUUGGUAAAUAUAUUUGUUUAUAUUAAGUACACCUUUAUAGGCGUAAUUAUGUAUUUAUGCAUUAACCAAAUGGCUUUUACAAUGUAGCCUUAAAUUACAAAUUGUAUUUUUCAGUUUUAAAUGUAUAUUUUGACUAGUUUAUGUCAAAGAAUGUAUAUUUUGUCAUAAUUGAUUGUCUGAAAAGGGACUCUGUCAGGAACAAGUAACAGUAAGAGCUAUCAGCAUCAGGUACAAAUGUCAGUUCCAUUCUAUUUAGAUCUUUAUGGCACCUUUCUAAUGAACUCAUUUCUGUAUUUCUGGUGGUGCUAUAUGUAAAUGGAUUAGUCCUUGUCCUUUGAAAUUAGCAAAUGAAAUGAAUGCACCUGACCUAUACACUGAGAAAUAACCUUGUGAUGAUCAUGGAAACUGUUAAGUCAGAUGUAUUCACAUUUCUCCGGUGAAAAUGCAGGCAAAAUCAUCAGAGACAGCUGUUUAUUAUAUGAAUACAGAUAUAAUUUUGCUAUAUGAAUUCUUAUUUAGUUUUUUUUACAGUAGGCUUAGUUUUAUAGCUAAAGAUGUAUUUUCUUCUGCAGUAUUUACUGCAUGCCAGCAAAUCACUUAGUAAAUCUUACUCAAUUCACUUUCCCUUUAUUUUCCUAUUUAUUGUUCUUUGCCCAUCUUUCCAUUCUUUUUCCAUUCCGUGUACUACCACCUAAUUUUUAUGGGUUUUUCUUUCUGUAAUAUUCUCAUUCUGCUUCCUUUGAAGGCAAAGGAGCAUGCAAGUCAAAUAAUAAAUCAGGACCAACAGAUAACCAAUGUUUGCAAAAUGUGGGAGAGCAUGCAGCAACACGGGGUUCUUAUAUAUACAUAAUAUUUGAGCAUGAUUUUUUUCUAAACUCUCAUCCUACUCAUUUAAGAUAGUUUGACAUGUAUAUUUAUGAGAAUUAUAUUCAUUGGAUUUGUACAGGCUAGAUAUUAAUAAUAACCAAGGGUGUAAAAUACAGACACCAUGGAAUUGGAUAUUAGUAUGAAGUCCCUCUCUGGGCCUUACUGGUGCACUGUGUAAAUAUUUAUACAAAACAAAUCACUUUCCACAAAAUCUGGAGGGAUAAGGCCUCCGAGAAAAAUUGGCUUUGGCACCCUGCAACUUACCUGAGCUCAGCAAAGCAUUCCUAAUAGGGAAUAGUAUUGUCAAUAAUUAAAUGUGAUAGCCUCAUGUUCUAUGGUUACUCGGCAACAGAAGUCAUUUUUCUUGCUUCUCUCCAAGAGUAACUUGAGAGCACUUCCCCUAUCUGCCUACCCCUAGUGAUGUCUUGGUCUGACAGAAAGGGAGCCUGGGUAGUGUGUUACAUAGAAUUUACAGCACUGAUAUAGGUAAGUCAUUGACGUACUGGAUUUGAAGUGUAGUUGUUUUUUUUCAAUUAUCUGUUGAUUUAUCUGUUGAAAAAGCAAAUUAAAACAUAGACUUGAGACAUUAUAUAAUGGGGCUAGUAUUAGUAUCAUUAGCUAGUAAUGGGGAUAGUAUAACUAUAAAGUAGUGAGUUUUAUUAUCUCUUUAAAUUGGGUUUAUUGUAAGGUGUUUAAUACCACUGUUUGGGUCUGGAAUGCUCAGUCUCUGUGCCCGAACUAGAAAUCAUGAACUUAAUAGUUGGGGUUCCCUGUGACAAUCAUGGUAGCUGUAUGGUAGCAUAACUACCAUACAGCAUACCCUUUGACUGCGGCAAAAAGGGAGACCCCUUUUGCCAUGUGAUAACACUGCAUACAAAAAGGGAUACUGUUCUGACCUUCAUUGACCUACAUUUUGCCAUCUCGCCCAUUGUAGUCUUAGUGGUUUCCCCUUCUCCCUGAUGGUGGCCUGUACCAGUCUGUACCCCUCCAGAACUUGUGGAAAGCCAAAGGAUGGAUGUUCUAGUUCAGUACUGUCUACUAUUUCCAUUGAAACAAUUAUUUUACAUAUCACAUAUGUGGGGUGAGUUGCAUUAAAGUAAUGAUGUCAAAUAAAUACAUCUAUGCAGUCCUUAAGCAACUGGGGGGCAUUAAGAACAUUUGGAGGUUCACAUCUUGCUGUCUGGUCCAAUAUUGGACAGCCUGUUGUAGUAAAACAUCAGAUGAAAUUGUAUAGAAUGGCAUUUCUAGUUUAAGGUAACCUUCUUGUUUGCAAAUAAAAAUUGCCUACUGUUCCUUAA